UGGCUAGGCAGCUCAAGAACACCGCAAGUCGAGCUUACCAUGCGCGCAAGAGGCAUGCACGGGCGAUGGUAGAAGUGCGCGCACUAGAGCGUAGUGCGCGCGAGACGGGCGAAGAUAGGCUGCACGCGGAUGUGCGGGCGGUGUGCACGGCUUGCAUGCGUGGCGUAGGUGGGCAGGACGUGCGUAGCGCGGGGUUGAUGGGCGCGCGUGCGGAAAGGUCGGGCACGGGGGAGGCACGCGCAGCGGACGAGGCCACAUGCCUCGAGGCAUGCGGAAAGGCGGGUGAUGCGGAA